AUGGCGCCCCUCGUUAUUGGCUCGCAGAAGCCAGAGGCGCGCGACAACACGAGCGCGCUGGAGCAGAAGAUCGGGAUGGCGACGUCUGUAAUCAUGCCAUUGCUAGAGUUUGGAGCCAUAGGAUUUGUGACCUGGGUCCUUUGUUACCUCAUAUGCAUACAGUACCUCAUAAACCCCUCGCCCGACUUGCGCAACAGCUUCGCGAUCCAGCCGCGCCGCUCCACGGGCAUCGCACUCAUUGUCGUCUAUGCGAUACUGCUCCUCGUGCUCCUCAUCCCAUGGAUGCGCCUACUACAAGUCAUAUGGACUAAGUCCGACAUACUUCGGCGCGACGAGCCGACGAAGGAGAAGGUAGAUGCCGACUCGACGUCGAUCGAGCAGUACGAUGCUUACAUCUGCGACUAUGAUGGCACCCCCCUAUUCUGCGACAAGUGUCGCAUCUUCAAGCCAGACAGAGUGCAUCACUGUAAAGAAAUUAGGUCAUUGUGUCAGAAAGAUGGACCACUACUGUCCAUGGGCUGGCGGCAUUGUUGCGGAGCAUUCGCACAAAUUCUUCAUGCAAUUCGUCUCCUACGCAGCGUUGUACACGACAUACGUUUGGGUCGUAGUCGCCGUCUUUUUGGCAGAACGCAGCUCCAAGGUAAGUUCCAGGAAAAAGCAACCUGA